GGGGGGGGGGGGGAAGUUAGAAAUUUUCCAUUUAUUUCUCUAUGUGGGUGAAAACUAGAUAAAUAUUCGCCUACUAAGAUAAUUUGCAAAUUUAAAUUGUCUGAAGUUGGUUGUUAAAUUUAGUGAAUUAGGGGCAAAGUCAAAUUCCGGAUAUCUGUAUAGAAAGCUGUUAGUACAAGUUCGUAGCUGUUCUUUUUCCUUCAAUCGUCAAUUUCUGCAUUUUAUUUUGCUUUCAGCCAGGGAAAUCCCUCUACAAUACUGUGAGAGAACUUGUUGAAAAUGCUCUUGAUUCAGUAGAAUCCAUAUCUGAGCUUCCUGUAGUAGAAGUAACAAUGUGCAAUCACUGGAGCUAUAACAACUCCUCUUGAUGUCAUAAAAACUAGAUUAAUGGUUCAGGGGUCAGCAAACCAGUACAAAGGUAUAUUUGAUUGUGUUAGGACUAUCAUUAGAGAAGAAGGGACUCCUGCUCUUCUAAAGGUCAUUCUCAUUAUAAGAGCAAAGGAGUAAGAAUUGAAGAGGGAAAAAAAUAGAUAAAUUUCAACAUGCGUGGUCCCGCAGAAGUAAGUAAUUAAUAUAUCGAUUUUAAAUUAUAAUUUUGUUGCCUCGUAUUAAAUUUUAAUGGUUUUUCUUAUUUUCUUAUCUUGCAUAUUUUCUCAUAUAAAGUCCUCUAAAGUUGGUGCAAAAAGAGGACUAAGAGAGAGGAAUUGUAUUGUGGCAGCAUUAAGGACUUCGGGAAAUGAGGGAAUUACUAUAUCAGAUCGAGAUUCAAACUCUCCCCAUACACAGUUAGGUGGACAAUCUAGAGGUUCUAGCUGCGUUCCAAUCGAUCAUGAUAGUGGAAGCACCUCGGCAAAUGAUGCUUCAAUAACUCCCUCUACUCACAAGGGUCCUCAUAAGGGUAGAGGUCCAUCAAUAUUAGCAAAUGCAGUAGUAAAUGAUAACGAGUCACCACUUCCAAUUGAAUUCAAUGAAAGAGGGCAACCAAUUGGUGAGAAUAGUAAAAAAAAUUCUACUAGCAUUGGAAUAAUAGCACGACAGAAUGUUCCAAUUAGCUCAAAAAAGUGGAAAGAGGCUUCAGCUGAGAAAGAAAGACUCAUAUGGACAUCUAUAAAGCAAAAAUUUGAAGUCCCUGAUUUUCAUAAAAAGGAUGCUUUUAGAAGAAUGGGAAAGAGUUGGGGUGAUUAUAGAACACGCCUUACAACCAACAUAUAUAAGUCAAAUGAAGAUACAGAGGCUAUUGAUUCAUUAAAGCCCGACAGUAUACAAUCAAUCGAUGAGUGGCAACAGUUUGUGAGUAAUCGACUUUCUGAUGACCACAAACGAAAGAGAGAAAAAUCUCAAGAAUUGCGAAAGAAGCAAAAGAUGCCUCACACAACAAGUCGUAAGGGGUAUGCUCGUCUAGAGGAUGAAAUGAGAAAAAAAAGUGAUGCACCUGACUCUAUAACAAGGGUUGAUGUAUGGAUCGAAGGUCACAUGAGGAAGGGUGGGAAACCUUUGAACGAUGCGACAGAAGAAGCAGUGGUGUAGUUGUUGCAAAGGCUGAGAUAGCAGCAACGGAUCCCAAUGCGUUAGAAGAU